AAAAUUUGCAUUCUUUUUGCAGGUGUGUGGGUAUGGUGGAAUUAAGGUACCAUUGAUUGACCUGUUAAUUAGCAGUUACGAUGAAUUUUUUAUCUCAAUUAGAAGAAUUCAAACGAGAAUUGGAUAACAAGCAAGACAAAGUUAUUGAAGAUAUUACCAAACUUUUCGUCGGCUCGGACAAAUCGGUAGUUAACGUUCAUGAUCAAAAUUUAACUCCGAAUCAAUUUACGGAGGUCUUUGACUCAAUCCGAAGUGAUCGAUCUGUAAGAAAACUUAUUUUGAGCAGGAACAAAAUCUGCUAUCAAGUCGCUUUACAAUUGGUCGUUUUGCUUCUGGAGAACCAAUACAUCAGAUAUUUAGAUCUGUCAUAUUGCAAUUUAAAUGAUAAAAAGAUGAAGACCAUUAUGUUUGGUUUAGAAUGUAGAAAAGUGCCUCUCACACAGCUUCUGCUCAGUGGAAACACGUUAAGUCCGGAAAUUGAGGACAGAGCGCUGAGCUUGACGAGAGGCACCUCUGGCUCCAACGCCAUGUCCAUACAAAAAGAUGGACAUGAUAUUAUCAAUGAGCUAGUAGUCAGGAAUUCGUUACUCAGGGAUAUGCUGCAAAACUUCUCCGAUCAAGAACACAAAAAAAAACAUGAAGGAAGGAAAAAGAUCAAGGAUAUGAUAAAACACAAAAAAGUUACAAUCGACAUAACCAAUUUCCAAGUAAAAAGUAUGAAGGUCAGAGGCCCUACAUCUGGCUCUCCAUUCAGUAUUUUUCUAUGCAACGUGGAUGGAUGGCAAUGCUGUAUGAAAGAGAUGAGUCUAGAAGGUGUGUCUGAAGGAGAUGUUCGAGUUUUUUUAGGAGAAAUCGAGAUAUUAGAAAAAGUUCCGUACCAUAAAAACAUUGUCAGAUAUCUGUUUCACCAGAGAACACAAACUACGCUGAGACUCUUCAUUAGCUGGUAUCAGAUGUCGCUCAAAGACGUAAUAGAGUACAGAAAGGCAAAAAUACUGUGCGGAGAAGGUACAUAUUUUCACCCUCGAACCAUCGCAAAAAUUGCUUUCAGCAUAGCAAAUGGACUUGAAUUUUUGCAAAAACAUAAUAUCGUACACAGAGACUUGAAGCCAGAGAAUAUAUUGUGUAAUCUGGACGCCGAUAACUCUAUAUUCAACCUCGCCAUCACUGAUUUCCACUCAGCCAAGCGUAUCACGAAAAAAAAUAAAACGAUAAUAGGGACGCCGUCUUAUAUGAGCCCAGAAGUUCUUUCUAGCGACAACGUCGUAUCUUACACCAGAAAGGUUGACAUUUGGGGUAUAGGUAUGGUGCUCUAUGAGAUGAUCACGCUUAUGGUUCCGUAUGAAGACGAGGACUUUUCGAAUGUAAAAAAACUGAUUUUGACUGGGAAGCACCCAUCCAUGCAUCAUAUUUCGCCGAUUUACAACCCUCUGCUACAAAUUUUUAAAGAGUGCAGCCAGCUGGACCCAAGUCAGCGUCCGGACGUAGUGAGGGUGAAAGAAAUGCUGCUUCAGGCUAUACAUGAUUACGACGUAGGGGUGUACUCUCUAUGAAGUACUCGCUACAAAAAAUAAACUCCAACUUAGUGGUGUGACUCGAAGGUUGUCAUACCCCUGUGUGCC